UGGCCGCAGCGAGCGGCGUCCCCCGCCUCCUCGGCCCGGCCGGCGCUGGCGGGGAGCAGGUGCGUGGGCGCUGCGCUGGCGGACUCGCGCUGCUUCCUGGCCUGCAUGUGCUUCCUCACCUUCAUCCAGUCCCUCAUGGUCUCGGGCUACCUGAGCAGCGUCAUCACCACCAUCGAGCGGCGCUACAGCCUGAAGAGCUCCGAGGCCGGGCUGCUGGUCAGCUGCUUCGACGUGGGCAGCCUGGUGGUCGUGGUGUUCAUCAGCUACUUCGGGGGGCGCGGGCGCAGGCCGCUGUGGCUGGCGGUAGGUGGGUUUUUCAUCGCCCUGGGGGCUGCACUCUUUGCCUUACCUCACUUCAUCUCCCCGCCCUACCAGAUCCAAGAGCUCAACUCCUCCGUCUCCAGCGAGGGCUUGUGCCUGACUGGCAACAAUACGGCCAGGGACCCUUUGGACUCACCCGCCUGUGUCAAGGACUCUGGUGGGAAGGAUCAUGCCCUCUAUGUAGCUUUAUUCAUUUGUGCCCAGAUCCUCAUUGGCAUGGGCUCCACACCCAUCUACACCCUGGGACCAACCUACCUAGAUGACAAUGUCAAGAAAGAAAAUGCAUCGCUUUACCUAGCCAUCAUGUAUGUAAUGGGAGCACUUGGUCCUGCAGCAGGAUAUUUAUUAGGAGGAGUCCUUAUCGGUUUUUAUGUUGAUCCUAGAACGACUGUUUAUAUUGACCAGAGCGACCCUCGAUUCAUUGGAAACUGGUGGAGUGGAUUCCUCCUUUGUGCCAUUGCAAUGCUCCUUGUGAUAUUCCCCAUGUUUACUUUCCCAAAAAAGCUUCCACCUCGACACAAAAAAAAGAAGAAAAAGAAGAUGAGCUCUGAUGAUGUUUCAAGUGAUGAUGAUGUCAUGAAAGAGAAAACAAACGGCAAAAGACAAGAGGAGAGUGCAGUUGCUGCGUCUAUGGGAUUUGGAAAAAAUGUUAAAGAGCUUCCAAGAGCAGCUGUCAGGAUCUUAAGCAACAUGACAUUCCUUUUUGUGAGUUUGUCAUACACAGCUGAGAGUGCCAUUGUUACUGCUUUUAUUACCUUCAUUCCCAAGUUCAUCGAGUCACAGUUUGGCAUCCCAGCUUCUAAUGCCAGCAUCUACACUGGUGUGAUUAUUGUCCCAAGUGCUGGUGUUGGUAUUGUCCUAGGUGGCUACAUUAUCAAAAAACUCAAACUUGGUGCAAGAGAGUCUGCAAAGUUGGCUAUGAUCUGCAGUGGUGUGUCUUUGCUGUGCUUUUCAACGCUCUUCAUUGUUGGAUGUGAAAGCAUUAAUCUAGGGGGCAUAAAUAUACCUUACACAACUGGUCCUACUCUAGCUAUGGCCCACAGGAAUCUGACUGGGAGCUGUAAUGUUAACUGUGGAUGUAAGAUUCAUGAGUAUAAACCUGUUUGUGGAUCAGAUGGAAUAACAUACUUUAAUCCUUGUCUGGCUGGCUGCAUCAACGGUGGAAAUCAGAGCUCAGGGGUAAGAAAUUAUACAGAAUGUGCCUGUGUCCAAAGCCGCCAAGUUAUCACUCCACCAACAGUGGGACAGCGCAGUCAGCUCAGAGUGGUUAUUGUCAAAACGUACCUGAAUGAGAAUGGCUAUGCUGUUUCUGGGAAGUGUGAUCGAACCUGCAAUACACUUAUCCCAUUCCUAAUAUUUCUUUUCAUAGUUACCCUUAUAACAGCAUGUGCCCAGCCAUCAGCAAUCAUAGUGACACUCAGGUCUGUGGAAGAUAGUGAGCGGCCUUUUGCACUAGGAAUGCAAUUUGUUUUAUUACGAACUCUUGCUUACAUUCCUACUCCAAUUUAUUUUGGGGCUGUUAUUGAUACUACAUGCAUGCUUUGGCAACAGGAUUGUGGCGUGCAAGGAUCUUGCUGGGAAUAUGAUGUCACAUCCUUUCGUUUUGUCUACUUCGGAUUGGCAGCUGGUCUCAAGUUUGUAGGAUUCUUUUUUAUUUUUCUGGCCUGGUAUUCCAUUAAAUAUAAAGAAGAACAACUGCAGAGACACAGAUGGAGGGCCUCCCCUAUAAACACAGUGAGUGAGAUAGUUGGCAAUGCUGGACCUCAACAGAACUAUGCACGGACUAGAUCCUGCCCGACUUUCAGUUCUCGUGGAGAACACAACGAGGGCAUUAAUUUGGCACGAGGAAUGAAUUGCAUAGCUCAAACUUAUCCUGGCCCCUUUUCAGAAGCAAUAAAUUCCUCAACUGAAAAUGCAUCAGAAGAAUUCACUGCUGAGAUGUAAACCCCAGGCUUGGUAAUGUAAAAUUUGGUUUUGUUGGUUGACUUGAAUAUGGCGCCUUGUGAAACACCUGUGCCUUCUUUUUUAAUCUGAACACUAGAUAAUAAACCAACAAAAAAAUGCAAGCAAACAAAGAAUACUUGAGGGCUGGAUACCUCAAAAUGUUCCAAAUUCCUAUUUCUCCUCUCUGGAUAAAUGGAUUUUUAAUAUCUGUGUUUGCAAUUAUUUUGGGUGUGUCCAUCAAAUGUUCGUGCUCUACAUAAGGAUGAAGUAUUCUGAAUUCCAUGGGUCAAUGGAAGAGUGACAGUCAUUCAUAUAACUGUAGUCAGGACUGUGAGAAAAAGUUUAAAUGUACUAUAGAUUUCGCAUCUAUCAUAGUUUUUAGAGAUGAGUAAUUACUGUGAGUUCUGCUACAAAGCACAACUGAACGUGUUUAAACUAUGCAACUUAUUUGGAUAAAUAUGUGCAGCAUGUUCAUUUCAAGUUUGCUUUUAAAGAUUUAAAUUCAACUCAUUUUGAAAAGGACUAUUUUUAGAUAUAAAUGUAAGAUUUACAAAAAGAUAUCAUGUUUAAGUCCUGUUGAUAAUAUGUUAAGCCAUAGAAAAGAUGUACAUCAGGUGAAGUUUUCGACUAAUGAAACAUAAUAUCCUUA